UGCGCACGGUGAGACUGUCAAACAUGGCGGCGAAUUGACAGAUCAACGACUAGCUUUUUCUAUCCGUGUCAUCAGUCACAGAUAGCCUAUAAGCCAGGGACCUGGUAAACCUAAGGAAUGAGCAUUUAUGAUUUAGCCAAUUGAAAUAACCCUCUUGAUUGUUAUUUCGGUGUCCGUUCUGAGACAUUUAAGUGGACUCUAGCGUGCAACAGUAAACAGUGGACUAUAGCUUGUGCAUUCCACCGACAUCAGAGAAUAUUUCUUGAAAUCCGGGAGUCCUGCUUUCGCUUUGGCGAAAUACCAGUAAUGUAUUAGAGGCAAAUACCCCCCCCCCCUCCCCACAAACACACACUCCCAGCAAUGUCAGGACCCAACGCCACCUUCUCGACGUCCCCCACUUCAACCCGGCGCCCCCCUUCAGCCCUAGACUCCCUCUCUGUCUCCUCUCUCCUGUCUGGGGACCUUGAUGUUGACAUAGGAAGCACAGAGGAUGUGGGGCUAGGGGAUCUGGAGGUGAACCCAUAUGACGGACUGCCCUUCUCCUCUCGGUACUACUCUCUGCUGGAGGAGAGGAGGAGCCUGCCCAUGUGGAGGAUGAAGUACAGCCUGCUGGAACACCUAGAGAGCCACAGCAUGGUGGUAGUCAGUGCCCGGAGUGGGACAGGCAAGAGCACACAGGUACCCCAGUGGUGUGUGGAAUACGCCCUCUCAAAUGAAUUUUCCCAAGGUUUGGUUUGCUGUUCCCAGCCACAUUCCGUAGCAGCUGCGAGCUUGGCUCUUAGGGUGGCUGACGAGAUGGACCUGAGUCUAGGCCUAGAGGUGGGCUACAGGGUCCCCCAUGAGGAUGGUUGCACACCAGAUACGCUGCUCAGAUUUGUCAGUGACUCCCUACUGUUAGAAGAAAUUAUGUCGGACCCGCUACUGCGCCACUAUGGUAUCCUGAUCCUUGAUGAGCUCCAGGAGCGUACCGUGCCCACUGACGUCCUCCUAGGCCUCCUCCUCGACCUUUGCCGCCAGCGCCACGACCUUCGCGUGGUCCUACUCACUGUCCCAUCUCUUGCCCCACGCCUUGUCACCUUCCUUGGCCCUGAGGUUCCACUCCUCACUCUGGACACACUUCUCACACAUCAACCUGCCAGGGGUCAGGAGGAAGGUAUGGUUGAGGAUACCCUACCAUUGGCUACUGUGGAAACGGUGUACCGGGAGCCCCCCAUGGGGCGAGAGCCCGCUGUAGCAGCAUGUCACAUGGUAUUGGACCUACAUCGCCGAGGGGAGGAGGGAAAUGUGAUGGUGUUCCUGUCUAGUGGCCAGGAGAUUGAGGAAUGUGUCUUUCUACUAGAGAAAGAGUCUGUGGCUUUUAGUCCUCAGCUGGGUCCUCUUCGAGUCCUCCCCCUUCAUGUUGGCCUAGGCCGGGCCACCCAGCGCAUCUACGAGCCCGAACCUGAAGCCUCUGUGCUGGGGAAGACGGAAAGCUCAGAAAACCAGGAGGAUCUGAAAGCACCAGGGUCAGAGCCAUGGGUUAAACGCAAAGUCAUACUCACAGACACAUUAGGGGAAGCUUCCUUCUCUCAGCCUGGAAUACGAUACGUCAUUGACACUGGCCUUCAACUGAAAACAGUUUAUAAACCACAAAUCAGAGCAGACUCCCAGGUCUUACGGCCAAUCAGCAAGCACCAGGCAAACAUGCGCACUCAGAGGAUCAACAGUCACUUACCAGGUGUAUGUUUCCGUCUGUACCCCCAGUCUUUGUAUGAGGAAGGCAUGGUGCAAGCCUGUAGUCCAGGGGUGGUGGAGGAGAACCUCAGCCACCUAGUGCUGCUGCUCAAGAGGCUGGACAUUGCUGACAUGGGCCAGUGCAAGUUCCUAGAUAGACCAGCUCCAGAGUCUCUGAUGCAGGCUCUGGAGGACCUGGACUAUUUGGCAGCGCUGGAUGACGAUGGCAAUCUGUCUGAGGUGGGCAUCAUCAUGUCCGAGCUUCCUCUGGAGCCCUCACUGGCCAAGGCUCUGAUAGCAGCCUGCGAGUAUGACUGUGUCAACGAGCUGCUCACCAUCGCUGCCAUGCUAACAGCUCCCCCAUGCUUUGUGACUCCUCCAUCUAACAGAGAGGAGGCUGCAGCUACUCACAGACUCCCCCUACUGCACACAGAGGGAGACCACUUCACCCUCAUUAACAUCUACAAUGCCUACAUACAGCACAACGAAGAUGAAGCAUGGUGUACCACCAACUUCUUGAACCCAGUUGCGUUACGUUUAGCUGUGUUGAUCAGGGGAGAGCUCCUGGAAGUGAUGAAGCGAAUAGAGUUGCCUGUCUCACCUCCAGCCUUUGGUUGCCAAGAUAACUGCACCAACAUCAAGCGUGCGCUUAUCUCAGGCUUUUUCCUCAAGGUAGCGCAUGAUGUAGAUGGCUCUGGUAACUACCUCCUGUUGACUCAUCGCCAUGUGGCUCACCUCCACCCCUUUUCUUCCUACCUGUGCCGUCGUCCACGCCCCAGCCCACCUACCUGGGUCCUCUACCAUGAUUUCACCAUCUCCCAUGACAACUGCAUCCGCAUUGCCUCCGAAGUUCAUCCCCACAUGCUAGUGGAGCUGGCCCCUCAAUAUUACCUGGGUAACCUGCCACCAAGUGAGGGGAAGGAGCUGCUGAUGGAGUUGAGACAGAGUCAGGCUUCCCCAGACGAGGACCAGGAGGAGGGCUCAGAUGGAGCCUAUGGCAGGACGCACAAAGAGAGAAAUCCCAACAACAUGGGAGAAACUCACAGCCAGUACAGCACCGAACUCUGUAUAGUCCAAUAAAAGGAACCAGUGAAAACCUUGAAUAGAUAACCAAGAGUUGUGGAUACAUUGUGCAAGAUGCUCUCAAAUGCUGUCACUGAGGUCUUCCAAGAUUACUCUUCUGAACCACACUAUGAUCCUCUCACAAGAGUAAAUAAACACUAACCAACAAGACACUUUUUUAUUGAAGCUGUUUACAUAUGAGGGAACAGGAGUUAAUGUACAGGUGUCCGGAAACAUCACCUAAUUUAAGAAUAUAAUUGUUAGAUAUGGGAAAAAGCUUCAACAUGAAGCAAACAUACAGAUUUAUUGUACACAUUUUAAUGCUAAGUAAUAUUUUGUUUUAUUGUAAUUACUGAGCUUAUUAUGCUUGCUUAUUCUACGUGAAACUCUGUUGUAUGUGUCAAAUUGCUGUGUUGUAUCUUGGCCAGGUCGCAGUUGUAAAUUAAAACUUGUUCUCAACUAGCCUACCUGGCUAAAUAAAAUAAAUAAAAAGCAAUAUAUUGGGGAAGAAAUUGCUGACAUUUUAUAUACAACUGUGGAUUGUACACUUUUCAUUUAAUCAAUAAAUGCUCCCAGGAAGUCAAUGAAUUAUAUUUAAUUCCCAAGAAGCACCAAGAAAGUGAACCUGACACUGUGAAUCUGUGUUAAUCUCAAGGCUGAGUGGUUUACAAUGGACUUCUGAUAUUGCACAGAGCUUCAAUUUCAAUGGUAUCUGAAACUUUUGUGAUACGAUUAAUCUUUUUACCCUUAUUGUGUUUAGUGUUUGUACUCUGAUAAUUUCUUCCCCACUCCAACUGUUUGAAUAAUAUGUGUGUGUAAGUUCAGGGUAUCUUCCCCAAAUCUUCUGUAUCUUCAAAAUUAUAUUUUGAACACACAUUAAUAAAAUGUUUAUU